CUGAGGUCAAUAGCAGGUCGCAGGUCAAUAGCAUCGCUGAGGUCAAUAGCAUAGCUGAGGUCACGGCCGAGGACGAGGUGGAGGGAGAGGCUGUCAGUCGGGGAGGAGGUUUCAGAAGCAUCAGGAACACGCGCUCCACAGGCACGAGCCGCCCUCGAAGGCAGCUGCGGAGCUUCUCCAAGUACGCCGAGCUCGCCGAGAGGACCGGCAGCCAGGUGGUCGAGUCCCCGGGCGACCGCGUGGAGGAGACGGCCAGGAUCGUCGAAGGAACCAAGAAGCAGGCCGUUCUGUGGAAGGACUUCGGAAUGACGUCAUCGCAGCGAAUCAAGGUUCCCAUCGAUUCGCUGAUCAGUGACUUCGAGGUGUCUUUGACCGGCCGCCUGUCUUCGGCUGUCCUCACGUCCCCUUCUGGUUCAAGAUACGACCUCCUUGCACGGAAUGACAACGCUGGCCGAGGCUAUGAUGUGGUAGCCUUCACUCCGUACCUCGCAAGGGUCCGUAUAGAUAUGACUCAGCGCCCGGACGACGUGGGCGAGUGGACACUGCAGUUCAGCCCAUCUGAUGAGUCGUCGGUCGUCAUUUCAGCGCGCACGCCCAUGGACAUCAUGCCUACCUUUUAUACCCCUGACACCCUUGGCAAUCACCCCUCUUUGCAAAGGGUAGCUGGGCAGCCAAGUAGAAGUUCUGAUACCUACCUGGACGUCGUCAUCACCGGGGUCGACACCGCAAACCUCCGUCGUGUGGACAGAGCGUACCUGAAGGACUCCAUGGGGAAGGAGGUCCUCGACCUGGACUUCCUCACCAAGAGCCCCAGGAGGAACACGUACCUGGCGUUCCCUUCCCGAAACCUACGGGCUGGGCGGUUUACGGUGGUUGUCACGGGCGUCGACGGGAGUGGACGUCCCUUCCGACGCGAGAGUGGGACGCAGUGGGACCUGGUGGAUUCCUCGUUGGGCUUUCCCUUGGGGCGAGAGGUCUGGGGAUCCCCCGGGGAUAGCCUUCGGAUACCUGUCGUCAUUACGAACACCAAUGCUGAUAAUAUCGCACAGAGCACCUACUUUGUCAGUGCUUAUGAUGCUCUGGGCUCCACCGUGUCCCUUGACCAAAAGAGAGUGACACUGGGACGGAACGAGUCGGUGGUUCUGACAGUGACAAUGUUCGUGGAUCCCUCAGUUCUUCCUUACACGACCAACACCCUGGUCGUCACAGCCAUUUCCAACCGGGGCGACACCUCCCAUACACAGGCACAUCUCUCCGUUGUUCCGAAGGCGUUCCUCGCCGACAGGACGCCCCCGACGUGUCAAGUGCUGACCAAGACCCCCUGCACAGGAUACCUCACCCCAGAGACCUGCAGCCAACGGUCCUGGGAGACGGUCGUCUUGCUCAGGGACGCAGAAUCAGGAAUUUUCCAGGUGUGGACCAACCCUCCUUCCGACAUUCCCAACUUUGCCAGCUCGACCCACGAGCUCGAAGUGACCUACAGCGCCCUCUGCUGCGAGCCGAUGGUGACCAUCAGUGUGUACGACGUGGCGGCCAACCUGGGCGUUUGUAACGUUGAUAACGGCAGCCUUGAAGCCGAGCUUCUCAACACGGGCGAGAUCGCGGGCAUCGUCGUGGGCGCCGUCGUCCUCCUGCUGCUGCUCAUCCUCCUGGCGGCGGGCAUCGUCAUCCGGCGCCGUCGCACGAGGACCGAGGACGUCACCCCCAGGAGGCGCGGGGCGAGGAACUCCGACGAGGAAUAGGGGCGACAGGAGGAGCACCCGGGAGCUCAGACCUCCGGCGGGAGUUCGCGAGGGACGUCGUGGUCCUCGGGGCUCUCGGCCACGACGACCUGGACUUCAGGGUCGUCUGAGGGCGUUUCCUCGGGGGCGGCGGAGUCGUCCCCGAGCAGCGCCUCCAGCUCUAGGUCUUCGGUUGACUUCGGGUUCUGGAGAGUGACGUUCAUGAGACCUCAGUCGAUCUUUACCGUCACUAGAAUCCAAAAGUGAAUCGAUCAAGCGGCCUUUUUCUUCCCCUCCCCCUUCUCUCUUCUCUCUCUCUCUCU